UAUAUCUGCCUAGCAGUGGUACUCUCAGGACAGAGAUGGCACUGACCCCAGAACUGUAUGACACCUCUGCCCCCCGGCUGAAUUCCUUUGUGGCUCAGUACCUGCAGCCCAGCCGAGAAUGGAAAGAAGAGGUGCUGGAGGCUGUGCGAACUGUGGAGCAGUUUCUCAGGGAAGAGACCUUCCAAGGGGAGCAUGGGCUGACCCAGGAUGUGCGGGUGCUGAAGGUGGUCAAGGUGGGCUCCUUCGGGAACGGCACAGUGAUCAGGAGUAGCACGGAGGUGGAGCUGGUGGUGUUCCUAAGCUGUUUCCACAGCUUCCAGGAAGAGGCCAAGCAUCACAAAACUGCUCUGAGACUGAUAUGGAAACGGCUGUGGCUUUGCCAGGACCUGCUAGCCCUUGGGCUCGAGGUCCUAGGGCUGGUCCAGGGAAUCCCCGAUGCUCUCGUCUUCACCAUCCACACCAAGGAGACUGCAGAGCCCAUCACUGUCACCAUCGUGCCUGCCUACAGGCCGCUGGGGUCUUUGGUUACCAACUCUCAGCGACUCCAGGUCUAUGAGAAUCUGAUUAAGGCCUGCGGUUACCCUGGAAAUUUCUCUCCAUCCUUCUGCGAGCUGCAGAGAAAUUUUGUGAAACAUCGGCCAACCAAACUGAAAAGCCUUCUGCGGCUGGUAAAACACUGGUACCAGCAGUAUGUGAAAGCCAGGUGCCCCAGGGCUAUGCUGCCCCCUUUCUACACACUCGAGCUACUGACCAUUUACGCCUGGGAAAUGGGUACACACGGGGAUGAGAAUUUCAGUUUGGACGAAGGCCUCGCCACUGUGAUGGAACUGCUCAAGGAGUAUGGGUUCCUCUGUAUCUACUGGACCAAGAACUACACGUUCCAGAACCCAAUCAUCGAGGAUUUUGUCAGAAAAGCGUUCAAAAGACAGAGGCCCAUCAUCCUGGAUCCAGCUGAUCCAACCCACAACGUGGCAGAAGGAUACAGAUGGGACAUAGUCGCUCAGAGGGCCCGCCAGUGCCUAAAACAGGAAUGUUGCUAUGACCAGGAGAACCCAGUCCCCAGCUGGAAUGUAAAGAGUGCACGAGACAUCUGGGUGACAGUGGAACAGUGGGGUUACCCAAAUUUGAUCCUCGUAGUGAACCCUUAUGAGCCCAUAAGAAAUGUUAAAGAGAAGAUCCGACUGAGCCGGGCCUCCUUGGGCCUGCAGCGUCUGUCCUUCCAGACACCCGGCAGUGAACGGCAACUCCUCAGCAGCCACAACUGCCUGGCUGAUUUCGGGAUCUUCCUGGACACUCCCAUCUGUCUGCUGGAAACCGUCGUCCCUGAAAUCCAGGUCUUUGUGAAGAAUCCAGAUGGUGGGAGCCAUGCCUAUGCCAUUGACCCCAACAGUUUCAUCAUUUCCCUGAAGCAGCAGAUAGAAGACAAGCAGGGGCUGCUCAGAAAGCAGCAACAGCUGGAGUUUCAGGGCCAGCAACUGCAGGAUUGGUUGGCUUUCACAAGCUAUGGUAUUCAGGAUAGCGACACCCUCAUCCUCUCCGAGAAGAAAGCCAGAGAGGUUCCACUUCCAUACAGCUAAUUUACUCUGGGAAACCUCGCUGUACGGUUCUACCCUGUCAUCCAGGACUCAUCCUAUCAACCACCCACCCCUUCCAGCUGUCUGCUGGGGAGGUCCCAUGGCUUCACCAGCUUUGUAAAAGUUAUCCUAGCCCUCCUUUCCAGUGGAGGAAUGAGGAAGGCUGUGAGACUAGAUAUACAAGUGGACACUGGCCAGACCACAUACGGCAAUAGAACUCUGACCCACAACCUCGGCAGCUACCAGCCCGGGAAGCCAAACCACCACCUGUGCAGCAAUCAAUGCAAAACUUUCAGGACUUAGUCAAUAACUGCCAGCUACCCUAAUUCUCCCCUGCCAGACAAGCUCUCUAACCAAUCACAUAGGAUGUCCUGCUUCCUGAUAGACCGCCUCCAGCUUCCCCAUGCCACCAACUUCAGUUAGGGCACACCUGAAGCCUUCCCUUUUUCCCACUAUAAAGUUUUCCCACUCUUCUGCCUGCCUUUGAGUCGCUGCCAAAUGCAAGGGGAUGGUGGCUGACUCCCUUGCUGCAGCAAGUUGGGAAUAAAUAACCUUUGUUCAUUCUCUUUUGGAUGGUCUUCAUUUCUUUCCACAGAUGCUAAUGCUGUCUUAGUGGUUAUUGCUUAAUCCUUUAAGACUCUUAACUCUGGGAAGUGAAAACUGUAGGGAAACUGAGACAAAGAGAGGCAAAGUCUGGGAGAGCAAGGAUGACGCAAUAUUUUUAAAAACCCUCAACUCUUAAAGUACACACACAAACAAUAUCUAAUGUUCCAAGGACUUCAGGAAAAGAACAGCGUCUUUAUUAUCAAAGGACGUCAUGUGAUUAUGUUUACGUCAAUCAA